AUGCGUUUAGGCUCUCUCUCAGUAAAGGGAGCUCACACUAUAGGAGCAGCUCAUUGCAGUGCAUUCAGUGACCGGUUCCAAGAAGACUCGAUAGGAAAAUUCACACUCAUUGACACAUCUUUAGACAAUGGCUAUGCAGAGAAGCUCAUGAAACAGUGCCCUCCAGGCGCAAAUCCAUCUAUAACAGUCCAAAAUGAUCCUGAAACUUCCUUUGUUUUUGAUAAUCAUUACUACGGCAAUCUGUUGGCCCACAGAGGGCUGUUUCAAUCAGAUUCUGUCCUGUUCACCGACAGUAGAUCAAGCAAACAAGUGAAUAAUUUUGCAGAAGACCAAGUUAGAUUUUUUGAGAGUUGGGUUCAGUCAUUCUUGAAGCUUACUAGCAUUCAUGUUAAGACAGGUGAUGAAGGGGAAAUUUGA